CGCAGAAGCAGGAAGAGAAGCAGCAGCAUCUGACGCUUCGCCGCGCGUUGAACUGCUCUUCUCAGUAAGCAUGUCAUGACCCAUGCUCAGAAAAACGCUUCCAUUGGCCGGUAUGGCGGCGAGGGGCGGGGCCACAUAGAAAGCUGGUCACAUGGUGAAACAGUGGGCGGAGCCUGGCCUGCGCAUUCAUCGCGAGAAGGCAAGGCCAAGAAAGUCAAGGAGAGUCAAUGUUUGGCAAAACGUUCAAUGAAAAUGCAUGAAAGUAAGACUAAGAAAAGAAAGUCCAAUGCGACGAGUGAGCGCCAUCGGAAGCUCUAUCCGUUACGAGGAAGAAGUGAGGCCUUGAGUUGUCACGUAUUGCUCGCUCAUCUAGAUAAUGAGACCAAGACGUGUGAGGUGGAUCCCAACAGAGAUCCAGAACACAAAAAGACAAAAAAAGCCCACAAGAAAGCAGAGAAAACCAGGGAGCCAUUGCAGAAAUGCCUCAAAACCUUCGAUAAACCUUCAGCUCAGGAGCCACGCAAGCGUAGACUAGCGUCGCUCAACGCCGAGGCACUCAACAGCCUUCUGCUCGAGAAAACCCACGGGCCGCCAGGUGCCAAGUCCACGAAGAAACAAGCCACUACAGAGCAAACGAAAACCUGCUCCAAAAGAGCCAGAAAGUCCGAGACGUGCCAAAACCCCAAGAAGGAUGAGGCUGGAGUGAGUUUGUACGCUCCUAUGCAUGCUUUUAAUGUAGUGUUACACCCCUAUUGUGCUGUUUUAGAAGACGAGCUCGUUCCCCCGGCCGUCCCGCGUCUUCUGUCCACGAUGUCCGACCGCAGGCAGGCAGAGGUCAGGCUUCAGAUGGGCAAAGAAUGCCCUCAAAACACCACACCAUCCCACGGCUCACUCACUGUGGGACACAGCAGAUCCUCCCAGAAACACCCCACAGCAAGUGCCGAACAGCAGAGGCAGGCCACGAACGGAUGGCGUCCCGUCGGAGUCCCCACGGAGAAGGAGGUGUUUACUGCGGGCGAUGACGAGACGGUUCUCCGUCAGUGUUAUGAAGGAGUGGAGCGUGAAGGAGAGGUGAUCAGGGUGCGAGACACGGUGCUCGUACGGUCCGGACCCCGCAAGAAAUCCCUGCCGUACGUGGCCAAGAUCUCCGCUCUGUGGGAAGACCCCAGAACAGGAGAGCUGAUGAUGAGUCUGUUCUGGUAUUAUCGUCCUGAGCACACGCACGGCGGCAGAGAUCCCAGCAUGCACUGCGAGAACGAGAUCUUCGCCUCUCGUCAUCAGGAUGAGAACAGCGUGGCCUGCAUCGAGGACCGCUGCUACGUUCUGCCGCUGGCACAGUACUGCAGAUUUUGUGCCUUGCUGAAGCGGUGCUCGGAGGGCGUGUCCGACCACGCCCCGCUGAUGCCCCGCCCAUCCGACAGCGCUGGCCCCGCCCACCGCCUGGUUCCCGAUGGCGUGGAUCCGCGGCUGGUGUAUCUGUGCAGACACGUCUACGACUUCCGCUUCGGACGCAUCCUCAAGAACCCGCAGUGAAGCUUUCCUCCUCCUCCUCCUCCUCCUCGCUGAAGCUUUGUCACGCACACUGGACUGUCACACUGCUGAGAGACGAUGAAGAAGCUCCAGAGGAUCCAGAAUGCUUUCAGAAAAUAUCUCACAAGAUCAAGACUAGAUCUCCGCAGAUCCAGAUUAAAGGUCCGUUCACACUAAUGUCGAUAUAACCAUAACUAUAAUAACUACUACAACACAACUACAACUAUGACAGCACAGAUGAUCUAUAUGUGUCCCUGCAGCACAAAAGCAGUGUUAAGUCGCUGGGGGAUAUUUGUAGCAAUA